ACGGCUGGUUAUCUAAUGAGUUUUGAGGCAUUUUUGAAAGUGGUUAUGAAGUGGGCUUCAUCUCCCCAAGCCACCACGGAUAUCCACCAAUUUAGACCAUAUAAUAAAGCGGAGACGGUUGUCCGUUACAAAACCAGAAACAGAAUAACAGUACCCGUGAACCACAGACCGUCGGCCGGAGCAGAACGUAUCGAGAUGAGUCAAACCGUCAUGGAGUUCAUGCAGCAGCUGUGGUUAGCCUUGGUGAUGGCUUGGUAUCUGCAGGCGUACGUCGAGGCCGAUACGAUACCACGACAAAACGCAUUUGUAGAGUUAGAUUCACAACUGUUGGAUCGCAUUGAAAUAACUACCGAGGAGAUAGCGAGAAAUUCGACAAGAGAUGGAUUCGUGGAUCACGAGAUUCAAGCCAUGAUCGAUCUGUUCAUUAAUAAUUUAAACAUCACAAUCGACGAAUUGCGUCAGUAUUCCAAUCACCGGAACAGUUCUAAUUUUGACGACACGAAAAUGAAAGAAUUUCAAAAAAAAGGAUUAAUUAUGUACGAAAAUACGGCAAUAACCGUUGAAUAUAUAGUUUUCAAAAUUAAUGUCCUAUCAAAAUCCACGGAGGAACUCGAACAGCUCGAAAAGUACAUUAUCGACGAGGAAAAAAGAUUAAAAGAUGUGUCCAACAAUUCGUUAGAAAAAAAAAUAAAAUCGGUCUUGGAUAAAAUUCAAACUACUAAACGAUUCAUCGGCAAACACGUGAACCAUUUAAACGAUAUCAACAACGUUCUAAAAGACCUUAGUGUAAAGCUAAUGAAUACGUUGAAAGUUUCUAUUAAUUCUAAUUUGUACAGAUUUGUUUCACAAGUUCGUGCAAUUAAUUAGAUUACAUGAUAAGUUACAAUAAAAAUAAGUUUUUAGUUCAAGUUAAUUUACUUAAAAAUGUAAAACAUAAGAUGUUAAAUUAUUAAUUCGUACAAUAUGUAUUAUAGGAAAAAUAGAUUAUUCUGA